UAGGACUCCGACCUGGCUUAUCUGUCUGAAUGGCCAACCUGUCCAAAGUCCGCGCACAGCCGCAACCUCAUCUGAUCAGGGCAAAGUUAGCGAAGAAACAAAUCACAGCCGACGCAAGCGAGAGAAGAAGGAGGAAGGCAACGGGGGUAAAAUCGGGACAGAAACGGACAUCAGAGAAUGGAGACGACGUCCUCGCUGAUAAAGUCGGUGUCGAGGCGGGUGUGGUCAGCCCCCCAGAGGCCCUUCAGAGCGUGCAACUACAACAGAGAGACAAGAAAAGGGGUGACUGCAGGCACCCUGCAGGAGCUGAAAGAGAGGGUGACACAGGCCCUGCUGCUCUCCUCCAUGUCUCUGUGUUUGGUGUGUGAGGAAGACGGCACAGAGGUGGAGUCAGACGACUACCUCCUCACCCUGCCCGACAACACCAUGCUGAUGGCGCUGGAGCCUGGACAGACAUGGAUCCCAUCGCCUAGAUCUCAGAAGGGUGACGUCUUAUUGUCCUCUGGCGGGAAGAAGCCUCGGACCGGGCGUGAUAUCGCCCGAGUGACCUUUGACCUCUACCGCCUGAACCCUGCAGACGUGUUCGGCUCUCUGAAUGUUAAGGCCACCUUCCAGGGCCUGUACUCAGUGAGCGCAGACUUCAAGUGCCUGGGUCCCAAGAAGGUGCUGAGGGAAGCUCUUCGUGUAGCCUCCUCCCUGCUCCAGGCUGUCGGACACAUGCUGAUUACGUCGGCCUCUGUGAUUCGCCGGAUCAUCGAGGGGGCGGAGUUCUGGCAGCCCAAUUACGACUCCACCAGGAUAUCAGAACACUGGGACUGAGCCAAUUGCCCAUUCUGAGAAAAACAUCUCAGACGUUGAUGUCUCAUAAAUGCAUACAUAAUUUCCUAUAAUUUAUGGUAGACAGUAGUAUAUAUAAGUAUUUAAGAUUUAUGUGGGCUAAAUGAAAUAAGGAUUGCUUGUGUGGAUUAAUUUACCAGACAUAAUGAGCCGUUUCACUGGGACAGUGACACCAUGCACCCGUAACCCCUAACCUCUAUAUGCACUUCUUCAUAUGCAAAUUUAUAACUGGGAUUAUGAAACCAGGAGUGAGUUUUGCUCAUUCAGUCUAUUACAUUGAUAAAUAUCUAUUUUUUACACAAGCCAUUUGUGAAGAGAUUUGACCUUCAGUUGUUAAUGUUUGCAUUUUGAGUCUACUGUAAGGUUGUUUUCAACAAAUGUACAAUGUGGACGCUGAAUGAUACUAUGUACUUUUCUCCUAAUGUACCUAUAAAAGGAAUUCAUCACACCUGAGAUCACAGAUAUACUACUGCAAUUAAACAACUGGAAAAGUGAAACGUCCCUGCUGUGAAGUGAAACAGCUGGAAAAGUGAAACGUCCCUGGCGUGAAGUGAAACAGCGGGAAAAGUGAAACAGCGGGAAAAAUGAAACGUCCCUGCUGUGAAGUGAAACAGCUGGAAAAGUGAAACGUCCCUGAAGUGAAGUGAAACAGCUGGAAAAGUGAAACGUCCCUGCUGUGAAGUGAAACAGCUGGAAAAGUGAAACGUCCCUGCUGUGAAGUGAAACAGCGGGAAAAGUGAAACGUCCCUGCUGUGAAGUGAAACAGCUGGAAAAGUGAAACGUCCGUUGCUCUCUCGUUCUUCCCCUCCCUGUAUGCUGUGAUUCUCUGUGUUUCCAUCUUGCUUCCUGGGAGUGAGGUGCUACAGGCUUUAGUUUAAAUACUUCAGAAAUAAACAUACACCUUUC